AUGCGUUAUGUCCUCCUUAGAACUGUUACAGAGUCUCGAAGCUCAAAAUUUAUUCUUACGGAAAAUGUAAGAGAGAGAAAAGCAACCAGAGCAGCUCCACAAAGCACGGAACAUGAAAUCAAAGAGAUCAUGCUUACUGGCGAUACUGGCUCCCUCAGCUGGGGCGAUAUCGUCGCGUUUUUCAAUGACAACAUGAUCGAUGCUGGCAAGUUAAAAGCAGUGGGAAGCGGUACGACCAACCACUCCAGUGCCGGUCCUGCCGGACACAAUCACGCGAAAUGGAAUGGUGAUGCAACGACCAAGGCAAGGUAG